AUGCAUCGUCUACAUCGUGUUAGUUUAAAUCGAAUAUUAUGGGCAUCAUCAUCGGAUGAUGAUGAUGAUGAUCAUGAUGAUGAUAAUGAAAAAAAGCAACAAGGUAAUAAGAAACAUACUCCUCAACUCAAUCCAUCUACAACUAUUCAACCAAUACAACCUACAGCAAUUUCAUGUAUUACAAAGAUCAAUAAUCGUCUGGCACUGUUACCUGCUUAUCCAUCAUUGGAUCAAGCAUCGGAUACGGAUCGACAAGAUCAUUUUCUCUUCCCUAAUACUCCUCGACAACUUUUAACACAUGAACAACGUCGCCGUUACGAAAAUCGUGAUAAUUUUCCAUCAUCCUUUCAAUUUAUUGAUGAAAGUAUUAACAAUAAUUUUUCUUCAUUCUUUGUCAAAUUAUAUAGAGAAUUGUUCGUUGAUCUAUCUCGUCGUUUACAUAUUAAUAAUGCUAUUAUUGAUUAUAACUAUCAACGUUUACGAAAAUGUUUUGAUUUAAUGACUCAUGAACGUAUCGAUUAUGGAUUACAAAAGCAUACAUUAACUGAUAAUGAUGUACUACCUAUCCAUGAGUAUGCUGUUGCAUUAGAAUUUUAUCUUCAAAUUGAUCGAAGUAUAUUCUUUAUGAAAACAUGUUCAUUUCGUCAUGCUAUGUUACAAUUAUCACCUCAUUUUCAUGGUAUAUUUUCUCUCCUAGAACCAUAUGGAAAUUAUGGUAUGACAGCAUGUCAAAAAUUAAAUUGUCAUUUCUGUUCUCCACCUUCCGAUGCAUGGAAUCGAAUUCAAAAAUAUCAAUCUCCAAUCAAAUUUUCUUCUAUACACGAACAUCAAUUUCUUAGUGGUUAUCGUAGUAUUUUGAAUUGUCCUGCGGUAAGUUUACAAUUACUUAAGAAUAACAUACAAAUAAUUCUUUACCAAUAAUAAUAGACAUGU